AUGGCUCCUUCAAAGCUGAAGAAUCCCCCUCAGGCUCCGCCUGUCUUUACUGCGACACCCAGCUCGUUGAUUGCUAACACCAAGCGCUUAAUCAAAUCGUCCCGCAACGUGCAGGAUGCUAUCGCGGCCAACGUUACCGCCGAUGCGGCCACCUUUGCUAAUGUUCUGCUACCAAUGGCCCAAGAUGAGAAUGUUAUGGCGCUCGAAUCGCAUAUUCUCGGCUUCUACCAGGCGGUUUCGACUGAUAGCAAACUUCGGGAUGCUUCAUCUGAGGCGGAGAAACUUAUGGACGAUUUCGCCAUCGAGUCUGCCAUGCGGGAGGAUCUGUUCAACCUCGUUGCUGCUGCUCUGAAGAAGGGCGAGAAGCUGGACCCUGAGUCACAGAACCUGUUGGAGAAGGAACAUAAAGACUACAUUCGUAAUGGUCUAGGACUCCCCGCUGGUCCACAGCGGGACAGGUUCAAGGAGAUCAAGAAAAGGUUGAGCCAGAUCAGCAUUGAAUUCCAGAAGAACCUGAAUGAGGAAAAUGGAGGUCUAUGGUUUACGAGAGAAGAACUGGAUGGCGUUCCAGAGGAUGUAUUAUCUGGGUUGAAGAAGGGCGAAGGGGAGAAUGAGGGCAAGCUACGACUGACCUUCAAGUAUCCCGAUCUGUUUCCAACUUUGAAAUAUGCCACCAAUUCUGAGACCCGGAAAAAGGUUAUGAUUUCCAACGAGAACAAAUGCAACCAAAACGUCCCGUUGUUCAAAGAAGCCGUCGUCCUCAGAGAUGAAGCAGCACGCUUGCUCGGGUAUCCCAAUCACGCUACUUUUAGGAUUGAGGAUAAGAUGGCGAAGACUCCUAAGACUGUGAAUGAAUUCCUUGGCGGUCUACGUGCUAGACUGAAGGAGGGUGGCCAAAGGGAGCUUGAAGCCCUCAAAGAAUUGAAGAAAAAUGAUGUCGCGUCUCGCACUCCAAGCCAAUCUUUUGAUGGCCGUUACUACCUGUGGGAUCACCGGUUCUAUGAUCGAAUGCUGUUGGAAAAGCAAUAUUCUAUUGAUCAUCAAUUGAUUGCAGAGUACUUCCCACUGCAGACUACGAUUCGCGGCAUGCUGAAAAUCUUUGAAGAGCUAUUUGGGCUCGUAUUUGUUGAGAUUGCGGGCGAGGAGCGGAAUAAAAUCUCCACCACUGGGAAGGGAGAUGAUAUUGUUUGGCAUGAGGAAGUCCAGGUUUUCAGCGUCUGGGACGAUGAAGGAGAGGGGAGUGGAUUUGUAGGAUAUUUGUAUCUCGAUUUAUUCCCAAGAGAAGGGAAGUAUGGUCAUGCCGCCAAUUUCAACUUGCAGCCAGGCUUCAUUCAAAAGGAUGGGACCCGGCGAUAUCCCGCUACCGCGCUGGUUUGCAACUUCUCCAAGCCCUCCGCAAAGAAACCUAGCUUACUGAAGCAUGAUGAAGUUGUGACUCUCUUCCAUGAACUUGGCCACGGAAUUCAUGACCUUGUCGCAAAAACGACGUACUCACGCUUCCAUGGCACAAAUACCGUCCGCGAUUUCGUUGAAGCACCCAGCCAAAUGCUGGAGAACUGGUGCUGGACACCCUCGCAGAUCAAAUCCCUCAGCACACACUACUCCUCCCUCUCGGAUGAAUAUUACCAGGCCUGGAAGGAAGCAGCGGGCGACAAGCCCAAGCCGGACGCAAAGAUCCCCGACGAGCUGAUUGCCAACUUGAUUAGCACUAAACAUGUGAACGAUGCCCUGUUCAACCUCCGACAGUUGCACUUUGGUAUCUUCGACAUGACCGUGCAUGAGCCUGCUGACCAUGCUACCAUUGAAAAGAUGGAUAUCUCGGCCACAUAUAAUUCUCUGCGCAAGGAGAUUGCGCAGCUCAGUGGGCCUGAAGACCUUGGUCAAGGAUACGACUGGGGCCAUGGAGAGGCAACUUUCGGACAUCUCAUUGGCGGUUACGAUGCGGGUUAUUACGGUUACCUCAGCUCCCAAGUAUAUUCUACGGACAUGUUCUACACUGUUUUCAAGGAUGAUCCAAUGAACCCGAAGGAAGGUAGACGAUAUAGGCACACCGUUCUAGAACGCGGUGGCAGCCAGGAGGAGAUGAAGACGCUCAUGGAAUUCCUUGGCCGCGAGCCCAACACAGAUGCAUUCUACAAAGAACUUGGUCUGGUCAAUUAG